AUGGCCACCAUGAAGCCAAGCAAGAAGCCCGAGGGCGAAGAACUAAGCCCAAGAGCUAUGGCAGACUACAACAGCGAAAUCGAUGCUAUCAGAGAGAAAGAAUUUCCAAUGCUUCAAGGAGCGACCUACCUCGACCACGCAGGCACAACUCUAUACCCCAAAUCUCUUAUAGAUGAAUUCUCUGAAGACAUGGUGUCAAGCCUACUUGGAAACCCCCACUCUGAAUCAUCAUCGUCUCAGCUAUCAACUCGUCGUACAGAAGACGUACGCCUACAGGUGCUACGGUUCUUCAACGCAAACCCAGACGAUUACGACCUCGUCUUUGUUGCAAAUGCUACAGCGGGGAUCAAGUUGGUAAUGGAGAGUUUUCGAGAACAAGAGCAUGGCUUCUGGUAUGGGUAUCAUAAGGAUGCUCAUACGAGCUUGGUUGGGGUUCGAGAGGCAGCGAAAGGUACACACCGCUGCUUCGAGUCUGAUAACGAGGUUGAGGAAUGGCUCGAUGAGGGUACCAAUGCACUGCCCGGAGAGAACAGCCUGGGCCUAUUUGCAUACCCUGCUCAGUCAAAUAUGAACGGAAGACGUUUGCCUCUAUCCUGGACGAGCCGGCUCCGAUCAUCCAAGCGUGGAACGUAUGUGUACAGCCUUCUCGACGCCGCUGCUAUGGUCUCUACGUCUCCUCUUGACCUCAGUAAUGCUUCUACGGCGCCUGACUUUACGGUUCUGAGCUUCUACAAGAUCUUCGGCUUUCCAGAUCUGGGAGCGCUGAUCGUGCGCAACGAAUCUGCCUCAGUGCUGCAACAACGAAGCUACUUCGGCGGUGGUACGGUGGAAAUGGUAUUAUGCGGGAAAGAGAAUUGGCAUAUACAGAAGCAUGGCUAUCUGCAUGAGCAACUGGAGGAUGGUACUCUGCCAGUACACAGCAUUAUUGCUCUAGACAGCGCUUUGAACGUUUAUGAACGGCUAUUCGGCUCUCCAGAGCGUGUUGCGUUGCACGCUGGAUUACUGGCCGAGCAACUGUGCAACGAACUCGAUGCUCUACGCCACCACAACGGCUCCAAGGUCUGCCAGAUAUACCGAGACUCUUCAUCGUCCUACAGAGACAGCAGAACUCAAGGGCCUAUCAUAGCUUUCAACCUUCGUAACAAGCAAAGCGAAUGGAUAAGCAACACGGAGGUAGAGAAGCUUGCAAAUAUUCGCAAUAUUCAGCUAAGAAGCGGAGGUCUCUGUAAUCCUGGAGGAAUCGCUUCUGCCCUAGAUCUGGCACCUUGGGAGAUGAAGCGCAACUUCUCUGCCGGCCAUCGCUGCGGAAAUGAGACCGAUGCCAUCGGUGGAAAGCCGACGGGGGUGCUCAGAGUUAGUCUUGGUGCUAUGAGCAACAUGCAGGACGUGAAGACUUUCAUCGGAUUCGUCGAAGAGUUCUUUGUCGAUCAUACAGAAGUGCCACGGCGAACCGAGGCGACUCCAAUUCGCGGCCGUGAGUUAUACGUUGAAACUCUUACCAUCUAUCCCAUCAAGAGUUGCGGAGGCUGGGCAAUACCACCGGGCGUUCUGUGGGACGUCAGGGCAGAAGGGUUGGCUUGGGACAGGGAAUGGUGUUUGGUCCAUCCAGGCACUCGAACAGCGUUGAGCCAGAAGAAGUUCCCUAAGAUGGCAUUACUCAGACCAAGUCUCGAUCUAGAGAAGGGACUCCUACGUGUGCGCAUUCGUGGACCAGUAGCUUCCGCUACGCCUAACGAGAUUUCAGUGCCUCUCUCUGACGAUCCUGGCGUUUUUCAAACUUGUGAUGAUAGACAUUCAAUGCCUACUUCGCAAGUCUGCGGCGAGAACGUCCUCGCAUACACCUAUGCGUCGAAACAGAUCGCCGACUUCUUCACCACUCUGAUCGGAGCACCUUGUACUCUAGCAAGAUUUCCAGCUGCCGUGGCAGGCCUCUCGACAAGACACUCGAAAGCGCACCUGAACGCUCCAAGCAAAGACAGAUCUUCCUCUCAGCCGCCCAAAAUCACACAGAGACCGAUCUUACUGUCGAACGAGAGCCCUAUUCUCACCAUAUCCCACUCCAGCCUCAAUCGGCUCAACGAACAAAUCAAAAUCAAAGACGGCAAAGCUGCUCAUGCCUCGGUCUUCCGUGCUAACAUCAUCGUUGCUGAAGAUCCUGCCUCUAGCCCUGGCUCUGAGAAACCGUACGUCGAGGAUAAUUGGCGCUCCCUACGCAUUGGUUACGAUGUCACCCUUGACGUGUUGGGAGGCUGUCGCAGAUGCCAGAUGGUAUGCGUAGAUCAGCAUAGUGCGGAGAAGAAUGAAGAACCGUUUGUUACGCUGGCCAAGACGAGGAGAAAGGAUGGAAAGGUUUUCUUUGGGGUGCAUACUGCGCUGACUGUAACACAGAGAGGACAGGUGGCUAGGAUCAGGCUCGGCGACAGGGUUUGGCCGACGGGAUGA